AUGGCUCUCGACCCGCAAAUCCCGCCGCGCAAAACCAAAACCAAAACCAAAAUCCCGACCCUCAAUCCAACAAGUCAGAAACUCACUCCCCAAAAACUCACUCGCCAAUAUCCCCCCACCAUCCCACCAGCCAUCCCACCAAGCCCUGCUCAAUUCCACCCUUUCCAACGCCUCCCCCUCGAACUCCGUCUCAAGGUCUGGCAACAAGCAAGCCUUGUCCCUCGAGCCGUCAUCCUCAGCCUGGGGGAGAUCAAAAUCCAAUGUUACCACUCAUCCCAGAAAAUGCGUGUGAGCUUAGGUCAAUACAUCUAUUCGAGCACGAGACCACCGGCUGUGUUGCAUGUGAAUAGGGAAUCACGCGGGGAGACACUCAGGUUUUAUACGCUGGCUUUUGAGUCGGGCGUGGAGAUGGAUCAUCACAUGCUAGUAAAGAUGCCGGCGAUGGUGUAUGUGAAUUUUGAUGUUGAUUAUGUGGUUUUGCGGAAGCGGGAUGAUUGGAGGUCGGCGAUCAGGGAGGUGGCUAAAAAUCCGGUUAAGAGGUUUGCUUCGCAUCACAAUGCUAAGUGGUUCUUACCUAAAUAUGGCUGGUGGGAUGGGAUGGAGGAGCUCGUGGAUCUUUGGAUCAACGACGACGGAAGUACCGACGAAGACGGAACCACGCUUGUCCACAAGCUGGAAAGCACGCAAAAUUUCAUGGGUGGCCCGGUCCGCAUAUUCCCCUAUUACAAGAAUGGGCCAUGGAUGACGUGCUGGGUUGAUAUGCAGGCGGAGAGGCGACAUAUCAAGACUGUACAAGAAGCAGGGUUUAAGUUGUUGAAGGCACAUUUUAGAAGUUACGAGGGCUUCAAAGUCACGAGGAAAAUUUCCUUUGCCGAGCUUACAGACGAGGAAGUUGAGGAAUUUGAGUACUGCCAAAGCUCUUUCGUGGCCCCGGGUGAGGGAAUACUUAUCCCAGCCAAGCUUAGAAUGAAGCACUAG